AUGCAGUCCCAGGAGUGGGAGAUGCUCGGAGUGAUCUCAGGGCCCUGGACAAACUGUUCCAAUGUGAACAGGAAAGGGGUGACCGAAAGUUUCCUGAGCAAAGAAGUCACCUAUGUGGUGUCCAGCAGCAAAGAGGCCAAACGGGACAAGGCCAGGACUCGGCCUGAGAAGUGGAGCAACGUUACCUCCGAAGGUGCCAAAGCCAAGAGCCCGGGGCCGUCCGCCUCCAUGGGGAGCCAUAGCAGACCGCAGCAGAAGCCACCAGACACCGUGCUGAUCAGCCGAGGAAGGGAGCUGCUGCAGAAAGCCAUAAAGAACCAGGACACCUGUGGUGGCAGCGGUAUCCUCGCCAGCGCUCGUCUGUGGGGAGUCCACAUCGUGCACGUCGAUGAGAUGUUGUCCUACGCCCAGCAGCUGCUGAGCACCAUCGCGGCCGCCAGGAAGCGGGGACAGAGGACAGAGGCAAAAUGCCUUGUGUCUGGAUCAAAAGUUCACAAAGGAAAACUGAAGCUCCCUUUUCUGAAGGUUGAAGACCAGAGCAGGCAAUUCCGACCCUUCUAUCACCAGUUCAAAAGCUUUCCUGACCUGAACUUUCUGGCACCCAAAAACUCCAGCCCAUUUGAGCCUCUGAAAAGUCUCUUGAAUUCUUGCAGGGCCAGGGAUGUGGAGGGUUGUCCUAUGCGCAGUGAGAGAGAAAAGAGCCCCCCAUCCACCCCAGUCACCGUGCCCAAGAGGAAGAGGGGAUUUUGUGAGUGCUGCCAGGAGACCUUUGAAGAACUGCAAACCGCAGCGGUUUUGCGGAGCCGAGCGUGA